AUGCCGACGGACAUGGCGCCGUCCCUCUUCCUGUCGCAGGAAGACUUUGCGCACCUGGGUUGUGGACGUAGUCCCGCCCCCCAGAAAACCAAGAAGCAGGUGACCUUCGCCGACCACCUGGGCCUUCCCCUUGCCAGGGUCAAGGUCUUCUCCCGAUUCAAGGACGUCAUCCGCAUCCCCGCCGGUGUUGACCGGCCGGCCCCGGUCUUCCCCCCGCCGGCGUCUGACGACGGGACGUGCGUGCGGCUGGAGACGUGCGUGCUGAUGGAGCAGACGUUGGCGGGCACCGUCAAGGUCAAGAACUUGUCCUACGAGAAGCGCGUGGCGCUGCGCGUCACCUUCGACGCGUGGGAGAGUCAUUCGGACGUGGACUGCGAGUACGCGGGCAGCGACGGCAACUCCUUUGACACCUUUGCCUUUAGACUGGUCCUGCCAGCGGGCCGGCGGCCUGAGUUCGCUGUCCGCUACCGGGUGGCCGGCACCGAGUACUGGGACAGCAACCGCGGACGCAACUACCGCCCGGUCCCGGCCGUGGACGAGGGGUACCCGCGGCGGGACCGGGACCCGGGGGAGCUGACGCCUGAGUGGCCCGCCUACGCCGGCUACGAGAACGUCGGACCCUACUACUGA